GCACCUUCUCGCACUCUCCCCUGCUCCGCUGUGACACUUUGAGGUUCGCUGUCGGAUUCUUUCCUUUUCUCCUUCUGCACACCACACACUGCCCCAGGCUGCAUUCUUUGUUUUCCCUGGCCCCCUCCCACCCUACGACCCCUCUGUCAUUUUUUUUCUGCGUUGUUGCUGCUGCUACUCUCUGCUUGUCAACAAAACCCUCCCCAGCCCCACCGCCUCCGCCUUCCACGAUGUUCUCCAACUUAUACAAGAAAUCUGUCCUCAACUCAUCUGUCGCAAUGAGAAACAUGGCUACCCACUCGCUCCCAAAGAAGUACGGUGGCAAGUACACCGUCACCUUGAUUCCUGGUGACGGUAUCGGUAAGGAGAUCACUGACUCUGUCAGAAAGAUCUUUGAGUACGAAAACGUCCCUGUCGAGUUCGAAACCAUCGACAUGUCGGGAAUCGAGGGCCACGAGUCCAAGAUCGAGGAGGCCAUCCUCUCCAUCAAGAGAAACAAGGUCGGCUUAAAGAGUGUCACCUACACCCCAACCGACCCUUUCAUUAAGUCUCUUAACGUUGCCUUCAGAAAGGAGUUGGACAUCUACGCCUCCUUGGUCUUCAUCAAGAACAUCGAAGGUGUCAAGUCUAAGUUGCACGACGUCGACUUUGUUCUUGUCAGAGAAAACACCGAAGCAGAAUACUCCGGCUUGGAGCACCAGUCCGUCCCAGGUGUGGUCGAGUCUUUGAAGAUCAUCACCAAGUACAAGACCGAGAGAAUCGCCAGAUUUGCUUUCGACUACGCAAAGAGACACGACAGAAAGCUCGUCACCGCCAUCCACAAGGCUAACAUCAUGAAGCUGGGUGAUGGUUUGUUCAGAAACACCGUCAAGGAAGUCGGUCACACAGAAUACCCAGACAUUGAAGUCAAGGACUUGAUUGUCGAUAACGCUACCAUGCAAGCCGUCUCCAAGCCUCAACAAUUCGAUGUCAUGGUCACUCCAAACAUGUACGGUGCCAUUCUUUCCAACGUCGGUGCUGCUCUUGUCGGUGGUCCAGGCUUGGUUCCAGGUGCCUCUUACGGUAGAGACUAUGCUGUCUUCGAACCAGGUUGUAGACACGUUGGCUUGGACAUUAAGGGUAAGAAUGUCGCCAACCCAACUGCCAUGAUCUUGUCUGCAACCAAGAUGUUGGAACACUUGGGCUUACACGAAGAAGCUGAAAGAAUUUCUGCCGCAACCAAGGCUGUUCUGGCCGAAGGUAAGACCAUCACCAAGGAUAUCGGUGGUAGUGCUUCAACUACCGAGUUCACUGACGCUGUUUUGGCCAAGUUAGCAAACUAAAUAGCUCACGCCCAAGCAAAGCUAUUCUCCAAUAAAUUACUGCUAUCCCGAUGACCCCAUUUCUAUCUUUCUAUUUAUAUAUUUAAAUAUUCCAACAUACAUUCCGUAUAUGAAUAUAUAUUUGCAACGUUAUAUAACAUACAUCUUACUAUAUAACCUAUUUAUUUAUUAUUAACUAUUCAAGUAUUCCUAUUCCCGA